ACUCCACUCGCUCUGCUCGUCGGACAGAUCGAGGGCUCGCACCAACCGGCGAGGCGGAGGCGACCAUGGCGGACACCGCAAGAGCAAGAGCGCCGCCUCCCAACCGCAGCCUCCCGGAGGAGAUCCUCAUCUGGGAGAUCCUGGUCCGCCUGCCCCCCAAAUCCCUCCUCCGUUGCCGCGCCGUCUGCCCCGCCUGGCGCCGCGCCACCUCCACCCGCGACUUCCUCCUCGCCCACCACGCCCGUCAGCCCACCCUCCCUCUCCUCGACGACUUGAGCAGCAUCGGCUACGGAGGCCACUCCUUAGACACCAUCCCCACCCCCUCUCCCUUGGAGCACCAGGCCGCCACCGGCCGGCUCCAGUCCGUCGUGCGAUUUGAUGAUGCCUACUUCCGCCUGUUCGCCUCCUGCGACGGCCUCCUCCUUCUCUCCAUGGCCACUGGCUACUUAGUCGUCUGUAAUCCGGCGACUCGUCAGUUUGCUCGUCUCCCGCUCCUUCCUGGCUUCAUACCCUUGGGGAUGUAUCCACACAGCCCAACUGGAACUGGGGAGUACCGACUAUUGCUCUACCUGUCUUCCUCGGAACGGGCACCUGACGCUCAAGCUGGCUGCUACAUCCUCUCUCUAGGCUCCGGCCAGCUGCCCAGGCACAUAGGGUGCAGGGAUGUGGAGAGACUCAUAAACACCUUCGGAUCUGUCAUGUUCCAUGCUAGCCUACAUUGGCACCGGCACAAUGUGAUAAUGGUAUUUGACACCAUAACCGAGUUGUUUCGUGAGAUGUCUGCUCCUAUUGUUCCUGGCCCCGUCAACCUGUUUGAGACGGAUGGAAUGCUUGCCGCCUCCAUCUUCACUGAUCCAACGACAUCCAUUGAUAUCUGGAUGGCACAGGACUAUGACAAUGAGGUUUGGGCCUUCAAAUAUCGGGUCAAUUUGCCGGUUGCAGAGCUCACAGCACAGUUUGGGAAGAUUAACAAACGUUGCUGUGUGGUGUUUGCCUCUUCGGAUGGUCAUGCGCUUGUGCUGGCCAAAUUUGGAGAUUGGCUGCUUCAGGUUGAUAUGGAUGGCAAGUUGGUUGCCAGUUUCCAUGGCAGAGGCAUUGGCCCUACUCAAAAUCGGCUGAAACAAUCUCUUUUUCAGCAUACCUUCUUUCCCACACUUGAGGGUUAUGUUGUCAACGCGUCGCCUUUCAUCUGACCAGAUGAUUAUGUUGUCAACACACAGCCUUUCAUCUGAGGGAGGUUGAUUGUGGUAAUGCUUCUUAUGGGCCUGGCUCCCCGUGUCCGUUUGAACUGCAGUAUGUAUUAACUGCAUCCACUAUGAGGCCGCUAGCUUCUUUUUUGAUCCAUAAAAAAUUAUGAUCAAGAAGCUCUGAGUGUUACAUGGUUGUGUUAUAUUUCUCUAAAUAUCCUUUUGGGCUGAAGUGGCUGCCGUGAGUGCAGAUGCUAAAACUACAAAUCAUUUGGCUGACAUGAGUGUUGAUGCUAAGACAAUCCUAAAAUAAGCUGGACAAAUGAAAUAUGUACUGAUAAGAGAAGAAAGGUUAUCAUUGGUUAGCCUGUGUUCCUUUCUUUUGGUUCAGUGUUUGAAAUGUUGGCAACUGUUCUGACUCGUGUCACUGUUCUCUUGAACCGGAGAAUAGAUCCCCUCCCCCCUCCCCUCUCUCCCUUUAUGUAGUAGUUUGUCUGUACUCAAGGUAGCAAUGUAGCUGCCUCUUCUCUCUGUUUACUGAAUUGAACAAUUGAAUUAUAUCC